AUGCAGUCAAGUAUUCUUCGAUACGUUCGUUUUUUUACAUCGAUCCAAGUGGUGGUGGUGGUGGUCGUGUCGGCCAUGAUGCUGACCUUUAUCAUGUUCAAUACUCCAUCCUCCUAUAUACUUUGGAUGACAUCCUCCACGAGUGCCAUCACCACUUUAUGGAGCCAACCAUCCCCAUCAUGGAUACUGGACUUGCUAUUCCAUCAUCAUGGGUCCACAAAUAUCCAUGCUUUCAACAAAAAUCCACACCAUGAUCAUUCAUCCAAUGUUGAACGUAAAGGUUAUCAUAUCUAUUCCACUUCACUCCCAACUCGAUCUCAACUCAUUGCUCAAUUGUCUCAUUCCAACACAACAUUCAACUCAACAUCCAUCAAUGUGGAGGAAAAACCAAUCUUUGAUGUCAUUGUCAUUGGAGGUGGAUGUGUUGGAAGUGGAAUUGCCUUAGAUGCUGCACAUUCUCAUUCACUCAAAGUUGCACUUUUUGAAAAGGAAGACUUUGGGAGUGGAACGAGUUCAAGAUCGACAAAAUUAUUACAUGGAGGAGUUCGAUAUCUUCGAAAAGCAUUCCAUCAAUUCGAUCUCGCUCAAUUCAAACUUGUUCGAGAAGCACUCGAAGAACGAUUUUAUAUAUUGAAUCAUUUAGCACCUCAUUUAACGAAUACUCUACCUAUUAUAACACCCAUCUAUGAAUGGAGUGAAUUCAUUCCAACCAUGAUACAAUUGAAACUCUAUGAUUGGAUGUCCACAUCAUCUUUUCAUGUUGCACCAAGUUAUUUUGUGAGUGCUGAACGUGCUCUUGAAUUAUUUCCAAUGAUUAAGAAACAUAAUUUGAAAGGAGCCAUGGUGUAUCAUGAUGGUCAAUUUGAUGAUGCACGAUUGAAUUUGGCAUUGAUUCAAACUGCCAUACAUUCACAUCAAGUGGUUGCAUUGAAUCGAUUUAAAGUUAUCAAGUUAUUACAUUCCAAUAAUGAGGAUUGGAGGGAGAAUGAAGAAAAGAAGAAUCAAGAAUUGAAUCCUUCUAAAUAUAUAGAUAAUAAUGAAAUUAUUAAUAAUAAUAUAAAGAAUCAAGAAUUGAAUCCUUCUCAAUAUAUAGAUAAUAAUAUAAAGAAUCAAGCAACGACUCGUUCCAUCCAAGGUGUCAUGGUAAGAGAUGAAUUAACACAACAAGUCUAUACUGUGAAAUCUCGAGUUGUGAUCAAUGCUGCUGGACAUUUUGCAGAUGAUAUUCGAUUCAUGGAUGAUGAGAAUUCUCAACAAGUAUUACAAGCAUCUGUUGGUAUUCAUAUUGUGUUAAAUGGUACAUUUUGUCCAUCUCAUGAAGGAUUAUUAAUUUCAAAAACAAAAGACAAGAGAGUCAUCUUUUUAUUACCAUGGCAAAACAAGACAUUGGUUGGAACGACAGAUUCUAAAUUUAAUGAAUCAUCAUCCUAUUUAACCAAUCAUCCAACACCUCGUGAAGAAGAUAUUCAAUACUUGUUGGAUCAUGUCAAUGAAUAUUUUAAUGUUCAAGUGAGAAGAAGUGAUGUGAAAUCAGCAUGGGCAGGAAUAAGACCAUUGAAGAAACCACAAUUUCCAUCCAUUGGUGAUCAGACUGCAUCCAUUUCAAGAGAACAUGCCAUUUAUACUUCUCCAAGUGGUUUAUACACAAUUAUUGGAGGUAAAUGGACCACCUAUCGAUCCAUGGCAUCCGAUAUCAUGCAUCGAAUUGUACAAGAAUUGAAAGAAUUUAAAUCAUCAUCCACACACGAGUUAAAAUCCUCAACUCGAACUCUUUCUCUAUAUGGAUCACUUGAGUUUAAUUCUACCUAUCAUCAAUUCAUGAAAUUUGAAAGAGACAUUUCACAACACAUCAAUCAAGCAUAUGGUGAUCAGGGAUAUCUUGUUGAAAAGAUUGCACUUGAAGAGAAUUUAUCAUCAAGAAUUCAUCCUCAAUAUCCUUACAUUGAAGCAGAAGUGAUUUAUAGUAUUCGAAAUGAAUAUGCUUUGAAAAUUAUGGAUAUUAUUGAACGUAGAACUAGAUUGUACUUUAUUGAUACCCAAGCAUCCAUAGAAAGUAUUCCAAAAAUAUCAAAAUUAAUGGCACAAGAACUUGGUUGGAAUGAGCAUGAACGUUUAGCACAAGUUGAAGAAUGUAUGAAAAUAUUUGAAAAACAUUGUAACUGA